GACGUGGUGCUUCAAGACGACAGAACCCCAACCCAACCUACACUCCCUUCCCAUCGCCCGACUACCUUCUAAACACCACCUCUUCCUAUUGCGAAAAUGGACAACAUGGAGCCGGAGCCUUCCCCCUUCGCCGCCGUCAGUGCGCAGGGCACCAAGAUCCAGAGGCAAUAUCAAGCACUGCUCGACCAGUCGACCCCUCACGUGCUCUACCGCUGGGUUGGCACCGGCGUCUGCCUGGUCGCCUUCUUCCUGCGCAUUCUUCUCGCCCAAGGCUGGUACAUUGUGGCCUACGCUCUCGGCAUCUACCUUCUCAACCUCUUCCUCGCCUUUCUGCAGCCCAAGUUCGACCCUUCAAAUGAGGCCAUGGACAACGAGAUGGAGGACGGGUCCGUCGGCACCCUGCCCACGAAGCAGGACGAGGAGUUCCGCCCCUUCAUCCGCCGCCUGCCCGAGUUCAAGUUCUGGUACUGGGCUACCCGUGCAAUUUGCAUCGGCUUCAUGUGCAGCUGGUUCGAGGUCUUCAACGUUCCCGUCUUCUGGCCCGUUCUGGUCAUGUACUGGUUCAUGCUGUUCAUCCUGACGAUGCGCAAGCAAAUUCAGCACAUGAUCAAGUACCGAUACGUUCCCUUUACGUUUGGCAAGAAGAACUACCGCAAGAGCAGCACGUAGAGCGCUGGGUAGGACGUGCAAUCCGGAGAUCAUGCUCGAGUCAGAGCACGAGCUCGAUAACGAUACAGUGUGUUCUUUAAUUAUGUACAACACUCGGAUAGACGGAUACGACGCGGAAAGAAUGAGACACGCGCUCUCUCCCCUCCCCUCCUUUGUAUUUGGGCGCGUCAAUAUGUAUGUAUGACUAGACGCUCAGUCAAAGUCCGUGGUUUGAGAGAGCGAAACGGACGAAUGAGGGGGGAAUGAGUUGAUGAUCUGCCGACAGUCAUAUUACUCCUUGACUUGAUUGGCAUAAUAAGCGUGUUUACUGAUGACAAGGUGAUCUGUUAUCACGCAUCCUAGCUCCCGCGUCGCAACAGACAGGGCUGAAAGCCUCGAGGCGAUGAUAAGCCGGCAUAGGAAUGAAUAAACUGCCUAGAUUAUGGCCAAUUCAGAUUCGCUGUGGGACAUUGACGCAUGUUGUAU